GAGUGUAGAUCAGGAAAAGGGAGGGGAACAGUCGGUGGUGAGCUUAUUUAGGACCAAAAUACAAAUAAAUCGGCUCCAAAGGCAAACGACAACAGAAGUCCCUGGAAUAUCGCCUUCGGAGACUUUCCGGUCACCGUUGGCGGCCUGACCAGUGUCGUGGCGACAAUUUAAAGGCUGUUCCUGCUCACAAAGCGGCGUGCCGAGGAAGGACGCGUCUCUUUGAAUAGACAGGAUGCACGGACCGCCCUCCGGCGACAGCGCAUGCCCAUUGCGCACGAUCAAGAGAGUUCAAUUCGGCAUCAUCAGCCCAGAUGAGCUUAAACGGAUGUCCGUUACAGAAGGGGGAAUCAAAUACCCCGAAACAACGGAAGGAGGACGUCCCAAACUUGGUGGCCUUAUGGACCCAAGACAAGGGGUCAUUGAGAGAAGUGGAAGAUGUCAGACCUGUGCAGGCAACAUGACAGAAUGCCCAGGACACUUUGGCCACAUAGAACUGGCAAAGCCAGUUUUCCAUGUUGGCUUCGUAACAAAGAUAAUGAAGGUUCUUCGAUGUGUCUGCUUCUUUUGCUCCAAGCUGUUAGUGGAUUCAAACAAUCCUAAGAUCAAAGACAUCCUGGGAAAAUCUAAAGGGCAACCCAGGAAGCGUUUGACUCAUGUGUAUGAGCUGUGCAAAGGAAAAAACAUCUGUGAGGGAGGGGAGGAGAUGGACAACAAAUUUGGAAUGGAACAGCAGGAGACCGAGGAGGAUAUUAGCAAGGAGAAGGGCCAUGGUGGAUGUGGGCGCUACCAGCCACGCAUCAGACGCUCUGGCUUGGAGCUGUAUGCCGAGUGGAAGCAUGUUAAUGAGGAUUCGCAGGAGAAGAAAAUCUUGCUGAGUCCCGAGCGUGUACAUGAGAUCUUCAAGCGCAUCUCAGAUGAAGAAGACAUCAUCUUGGGUAUGGACCCAAAGUUUGCCAGACCAGAAUGGAUGAUAGUGACUGUGCUGCCCGUGCCCCCACUUGCUGUGAGGCCCGCUGUGGUCAUGCAGGGGUCUGCUCGCAACCAGGAUGACUUGACCCACAAGCUGGCUGACAUUGUCAAGAUCAACAACCAGCUGAGAAGAAAUGAGCAGAGUGGGGCAGCCGCUCACGUCAUAGCUGAGGAUGUGAAGCUGCUUCAGUUUCAUGUUGCCACCAUGGUGGACAAUGAAUUGCCGGGCCUGCCAAGGGCAAUGCAAAAGUCUGGCCGCCCUCUCAAAUCCAUAAAACAGCGUCUAAAGGGGAAGGAGGGACGAGUGCGAGGUAACCUCAUGGGCAAGCGUGUGGACUUCUCUGCCCGAACUGUCAUCACCCCAGACCCCAACCUGCAGAUUGACCAAGUGGGCGUACCACGAUCCAUCGCAGCCAACAUGACCUUCCCAGAAAUUGUCACACCCUUUAAUAUUGACAGAUUGCAGGAGCUGGUGCGAAGAGGCAACAGCCAAUACCCCGGAGCCAAAUACAUCAUCCGAGACAACGGCGACAGAAUUGACCUUCGAUUUCAUCCUAAACCAAGUGACCUUCAUCUGCAAAUUGGCUACAAGGUGGAAAGACAUAUGUGCGAUGGUGACAUCGUCAUCUUCAACCGGCAACCUACACUACACAAAAUGUCUAUGAUGGGUCACAGGGUUCGGAUUCUGCCAUGGUCCACAUUUCGUCUCAACCUCAGUGUCACCACACCAUACAAUGCUGACUUUGACGGGGAUGAGAUGAACCUCCACCUGCCUCAGUCCCUCGAGACGAGGGCAGAGAUCCAGGAGCUGGCCAUGGUGCCGCGUAUGAUUGUCACACCCCAGUCCAAUAGGCCUGUCAUGGGUAUUGUGCAGGACACCCUCACAGCUGUUCGCAAAUUCACCAAAAGAGACGUCUUCUUAGAGAGGGGUGAAGUGAUGAACCUGCUCAUGUUCCUCUCCACCUGGGACGGGAAAAUGCCUCAACCAGCGAUCCUCAAACCCCGGCCUUUGUGGACAGGCAAGCAGAUCUUCAGCCUCAUCAUUCCAGGACACAUCAAUGUGAUCCGCACGCACAGCACCCACCCUGACGAUGAGGACAGCGGCCCUUACAAACACAUUUCACCUGGCGACACCAAGGUUAUCGUGGAGAAUGGUGAACUAAUCAUGGGCAUCCUGUGUAAGAAGUCCCUGGGAACAUCAGCUGGCUCUCUCGUCCACAUCUCCUACCUGGAGAUGGGCCAUGACAUCACCAGACUCUUCUACUCCAACAUUCAGACUGUGGUCAACAACUGGCUGCUCAUCGAGGGUCAUUCCAUUGGUAUUGGUGACUCCAUUGCUGAUGCCAAAACAUACCUUGACAUUCAGAAUACCAUCAAGAAAGCCAAACAGGAUGUGAUAGAAGUCAUCGAGAAGGCUCACAACAACGAGCUGGAGCCCACCCCCGGUAACACACUGAGGCAGACCUUCGAGAACCAGGUGAACCGUAUCCUGAACGACGCUCGUGACAAAACGGGAUCCUCUGCGCAGAAAUCUCUGUCUGAGUACAACAACUUCAAGUCCAUGGUGGUGGCUGGGUCUAAGGGCUCAAAGAUUAACAUCUCACAGGUUAUUGCUGUGGUGGGACAGCAGAACGUGGAGGGUAAGCGAAUCCCCUUCGGCUUCAAACACCGCACGCUGCCUCACUUCAUUAAAGAUGACUACGGUCCUGAGAGCAGAGGCUUUGUGGAGAACUCCUACCUGGCUGGCCUGACGCCCACCGAGUUCUUCUUCCACGCCAUGGGAGGCAGAGAGGGUCUGAUUGAUACGGCUGUCAAGACAGCUGAGACUGGUUACAUCCAGCGUCGUCUGAUCAAAUCUAUGGAGUCUGUGAUGGUGAAGUACGAUGGCACAGUGCGAAACUCCAUCAACCAGGUGGUUCAGCUGCGCUACGGCGAGGACGGCCUGGCAGGAGAGAACGUGGAGUUCCAAAAUGUGGCGACACUGAAACCCUCACACAAGGCCUUUGAAAAGAAGUUCAAGUUCGACUGCACCAACGAGCGAGCACUGAGGCGGACGCUGCAGGAAGACGUCGUGAAAGACGUGCUGACCAACGCCCACGUGCAAAGCAGUCUGGAGAGGGAGUUUGACAAGAUGAAGGAGGACAGGGAGAUCCUGCGAGCAAUUUUCCCCACCGGAGACAGCAAGGUGGUGCUGCCAUGCAACCUGGCUAGAAUGAUCUGGAACGCUCAGAAGAUCUUCCGUAUCAACACUCGCACCCCAACAGACCUGAAUCCUCUAAGGGUGGUCGAGGGAGUUCACGAGCUGAGUAAGAAGCUUGUGAUCGUGAACGGCGACGACCCUCUGAGCAGACAGGCCCAGCAGAACGCCACCCUGCUCUUCAACAUCCACCUGCGCUCGACGCUCUGCUCCAAACGCAUGACUGAGGAGUUCCGUCUUUCCACGGAGGCGUUCGACUGGCUGCUGGGAGAGAUCGAGACCAAGUUCAACCAGUCCAUUGCCCACCCAGGCGAAAUGGUUGGUGCUCUCGCCGCUCAGUCGCUGGGAGAGCCCGCCACCCAGAUGACCCUGAACACUUUCCACUACGCCGGCGUGUCCGCCAAGAACGUAACCCUCGGUGUGCCCCGUUUAAAGGAGUUGAUCAACAUCUCGAAGAGGCCCAAGACACCCUCGCUGACUGUGUUCCUGCUGGGUCAGGCAGCACGUGAUGCCGAGAGGGCGAAGGACAUCCUCUGUCGACUCGAGCACACCACGCUGAGAAAAGUGACAGCCAACACCGCCAUCUACUACGACCCCAACCCGCAGAACACGGUGGUGGCCGAGGACCAGGAGUGGGUGAACGUGUACUACGAGAUGCCCGACUUUGACGUGACGCGCAUUUCACCGUGGCUUCUGCGCAUUGAGCUAGACCGCAAGCACAUGACCGACCGCAAGCUGACUAUGGAGCAGAUUGCAGAGAAGAUCAACGCAGGUUUUGGAGACGACCUGAACUGUAUCUUCAAUGACGACAACGCCGAGAAGCUCGUGCUGCGAAUCAGAAUCAUGAACAGCGAUGAGAACAAGUUCCAGGAGGAUGAGGAGGUGGUGGACAAAAUGGACGACGACGUGUUUUUGAGGUGCAUCGAGUCCAACAUGCUAACAGACAUGACCCUACAGGGCAUUGAGCAGAUCAGCAAGGUGUACAUGCACUUGCCCCAGACUGACAAUAAAAAGAAAAUCAUAAUCACAGAGGACGGCGAGUUCAAAGCCCUGCAGGAGUGGAUCCUGGAGACAGACGGAGUGAGCCUCAUGAGAGUGCUCAGCGAGAAGGAUGUAGAUCCCGUCAGAACCACCUCCAACGACAUUGUGGAGAUCUUCACGGUUUUGGGCAUUGAGGCUGUGCGAAAGGCGCUGGAGAGGGAGUUGUACCACGUCAUCUCCUUCGACGGUUCCUACGUCAACUACCGUCACUUGGCUCUGCUCUGUGACACAAUGACCUGCCGCGGUCACUUGAUGGCCAUCACGCGUCACGGCAUCAACCGUCAAGACACCGGACCGCUCAUGAAGUGUUCCUUUGAGGAGACGGUGGAUGUGUUGAUGGAGGCGUCGUCCCACGGUGAGAGUGAUCCCAUGAAGGGUGUGUCGGAGAACAUCAUGCUGGGCCAGCUAGCCCCGGCAGGGACAGGCUGCUUCGACCUCCUGCUGGAUGCUGAGAAGUGUAAAUACGGCAUGGAGAUCCCUACCAACAUACCUGGCAUCAGCGUGGCUGGACCCACUGGAAUGUUCUUUGGCACGGUGCCGAGUCCCAUGAGCGGCAUGUCUCCUGCUAUGACCCCAUGGAACACAGGAGCUACCCCGGCCUACGGCGCCUGGUCCCCCAGUGUUGGAAGCGGAAUGACCCCCGGAGCAGCAGGCUUCUCGCCCAGUGCAGCAUCAGAUGCAAGUGGCUUCUCUCCAGGCUACUCCCCCGCCUGGUCUCCCACUCCUGGGUCUCCAGGAUCUCCGGGACCUGCCAGCCCAUACAUCCCAUCUCCAGGUGGAGCCAUGUCACCAAACUACUCGCCCACCUCCCCUGCCUACGAGCCUCGUUCUCCGGGGGGCUACACCCCUCAGAGCCCGGGCUACUCCCCGACAUCCCCCUCCUACUCCCCCACCUCCCCCUCGUACUCACCCACCAGCCCCAACUACAGCCCGACAUCUCCUUCCUACUCGCCCACAUCGCCCAGUUACUCCCCAACCUCUCCCUCCUACUCACCCACAUCUCCUUCUUACUCCCCAACAUCUCCCUCCUACUCCCCGACCUCCCCAUCUCCCCGUUACACCCCACAGUCGCCCACCUACACACCCAGCUCGCCCUCAUACAGCCCCAGCUCCCCAUCCUACUCCCCCACCUCGCCCAAAUACACCCCGACUUCCCCCUCAUACAGCCCCAGCUCCCCGGAAUACACCCCCACCUCACCCAAAUACUCCCCCACCUCACCAAAGUACUCCCCGACAUCACCGAAGUACUCGCCCACAUCUCCCACCUACUCCCCCACGACUCCAAAAUACAGCCCCACCUCUCCUACCUACUCCCCCACCUCCCCCACCUACACCCCCACCAGCCCCAAAUACUCCCCCACCUCCCCGACUUACUCCCCAACUUCACCCAAGUACUCUCCCACGUCUCCUACGUACUCACCAACUAGUCCUAAGGGCUCCACAUACAGCCCCACCUCCCCCGGAUACAGCCCCACCUCACCCACCUACAGCCCGGCCAUCAGCCCCGAUGACAGCGAUGAAGAGAACAACUGAUGAGCCGUGGAGGAGAAGAGGGGGCAGCUGAAGAAACCUUUUUCACCUCGUGGUUGACAACUGAAGGACAGCACCUUUACCCAGCCGGAGGAGGUGGUGGCGCCUCUAGCCACAGGCGUCCCAACUGUGAUCUUUUCUACGAGGAAAUCUCAACCUUGGGACCUGUGGCUUCACCAUCUGAGGGAGCUGCCCCCUUCCCCCCCCCAACACCUUUACAAAAUGUUCUAAACUAUUAUGUGAAAGACUUGAACAGCUUUGCCUGAAGGAAAAAAAAAAAGGCUGCCUUUUGAAAUAGUUUUUUAAUUUUCACUUGGGGUGUUGAAGCGAAACUGAGAAUCCCUAGAGGGAAUGAAAAGGAGAGGAAGAUGUGGUGAACAUUCAAGGGGGAGGAAAAGUCCCUUUUUAACUUUAUAGUGUACUGCAUCCAGUCUCUCUCUCUCACUCUCUAAAUGUCGGGUGUGUAGUUGUUCCUCGAAAGCAUAUAUAUUGCCAAAAGCCUUUCUGAAGAGUGGAUUGUAUUCAUUUACUAAAGCAUAAGCUGUAAAGAAAAUCAAGGGGGCAACGUUUAGACUUUGUUUACUGCAUAUUUCACCAAGUUGUUAGACCUUUUUGCUGCUUUUGUAAAAGUACAGUUGCUGCCAGUUUCGGGAGCAACCCGUGGAUGAAAGAAGACGGAGCAUGAGUGCGAUAUAUUAAAAAAAACAAUGGGUCUGAUUGUCGAAAGGAAAAGAAACGUGGGAUCAUAAGCAGAAGUACAUACAUUAUAGGAGAGAGAAACUGGUUCGCAGGGAGAAGAUAUUUCACUCUAAACAUCAUCAACUACAUAAGUCUAUGUACCUGUCGCCCUCCCCUCUUCCUCCUUCGCACCCCAGAGACCUGAAAGAUGUCACAAAAAAAACACCCACCAGCAUUCUCUUGCCCCCCCUCUACCAUUUUGGAGACUUGUGCAUCAAAAGCAAGAAAAAAAACAACAAAAAAAAACAUCUUUUCCAGAUAAUAAUCUGUCAUUGACACUCUGGAUUUAAAGAUAAAAAAAUAGUCAAUUAUUCUUUCUUUAUUUUGAGUGUAGGAGGAAACACAUGGAUGCUAGUUUGGCCUUGCUGCUUUUGUCAUUGUUUGCAUGAGUAGCACAUGUUAAUACAUUUUAAUCAAGCUUUAGGUUGACUUUUUUUUUUUUUUUUAAACCCCUCCAACUUCUUGCGAAUCUCUGUCCCAUUUCUGAUAGCUAAAGUGUACACAGGCUUAUUUGGACUAUUCAGUUUAUUUAAGAAAGAAAGUUAACUAAUAUUCUGUGUGAAUAUAAAUAGAGAAAAAUUACGAAUUUAAAUUUUUUUUUGGGCUUUUCUCUUGUUUGCUUUUGGUGAUUUAUUUUUUUUUGUAAACCUGUUUGCAGGAGGCUAAUAUUCAUAUUCUGUGGAUGAAGGGGCAGGGCAGGAGAGGGAGGGGAGUACUUUUAAAAUUUUCGCUGCCGUUCUUCCUCCAAAUUGGCCUUAGUUUUUUUUUUUUUUUUCGCGCUUUUCGCUCACAACAUAUUGCACUCUGCCACCAGGUUUUGUGACGUUGCUUCAGUCAAAAGAUAGAAGAGUUAAAGGUUCAGUGUUAAAAUUUCAUGUUUUCACGUCUUGGGAUGGCCUUUCUCUUCACUACAGUGAAACAUUCUUUUUUUUUUUUUUUUAGCAGAGAUCGUCCAAAGAAAACAGUACUUUCGGGCUCUCUAUUAAGAAACCUUACCCACUACAUUAGUGUGAACUUUCUUUUCAAGUUUGACUGCGUUAGGAAGCGUCUGUAUGCCAGGUGAGAGUUUUGUUUUCCUCGUUCCAUUUGAUCAUUCAACACGGUUUGAGUUUAUCAGACUUGCCGGGUCUCCUCCCUCUUCCCUCUUCAUUCACAAGUCUCCUUUCUGAAAUCAGUGUUUUUGUUUUUUUUUUUUCUACCAGUGUAUGUACCUGUGAUGAGGGGGAAUCAUGGGGAGGGGGAAGAUAUUGACUGGGAGUCCUGAGGAGGAGAUAAAAAAAAUGUCUUUGGGUUCUGUUCUGAAAGUCUUUAAAUGAUUUGUCUAAGUUUGUGAAACACUGCUUCCCAGUUAGUCUUGAAUUUAAAGGACUGCAUUCUCUGGCCUUUGACAUAAAGCAGGUUUGUUAAUUGCACUUAGUAAAUAUUGUGGUGGACUUCAACCCCCCCCAGACAUUGUGAUAUUUUUUUGGUCCACUAUGCUCGCAUCCGAUCCUGUUGUCUUAAAUGUGUGCUGUCCAGUCUGUUCAGGACAUCAGGACUCCCAGGCGAAUGAAUGUCUGUCUGUAUGCGUGUGCGGUUAGUGUACGUCCCGAGGGCGAUGCAGGGUUUCAAGCUGAGGAAAGACUUUACAUGUCUGGGCAAAAGGAGGUUUAACUUAAAUUUGCCACUGUAUAGAAAAUCAAGUCAUUAUCUCAUUCUCUGUAUCUUUGUUCUGUUUGUUUUUUGACUUGGAAAAAAAUGAAUAAAAGUUUUACUAUAUG